AUGCAAUCUCUUAUCUCACGUUGUGAAGAAAUACAAAAAAAAAUUCAAUUGAUUCACGAUCGGGGAGAGAGGGAGCAAAAGCUUUUUGAUACGAUCUCUGCAGAGCAUCCAGAGCUGUCUGGAGAAGAAGUAGUAGCUUAUGUCCAAUCCAAAGUAAAGGAAAGUGAACCCAAGUCUAUUAACUUCAAUGGACAUUGCCUAUCUGUCGGUGAUUAUGUAGAGACAAUCAAUGAUCCUGAGCUCCUUGCUCGUGCAGAGCGUGGCCAUUUUGUUCAAUCAGCUACGAAGGAGAUCUAUCUUGGGGAGAAAGGGAAAGUCACACGAAUAUGGAGCUCUUUUCAGGGGAAACCAGCGGUUGAACUCUUGUUCGCUGAUGAUGCCCAGAAAACAUUUUUGCUCGAGUGCAUACAUUUCGGUGAUAGACAAAAUGUGAAAGAGACCACUUCUGUCAAGCACACAAAAAAAGCAUCACUUCCUAAAGAGAAGCAAUCUUCGGCACCUCUACGAGUGUCGUCAUCACCUCAAUGGGAUGAGAUCAUCCAGCUCAAGAGUACAGUGUCAAACGUACCAAAGGCAAAGCCAACAGAAGCUACACUUCCAUCCGAGCAGGAGCUUCCUGCGUCUCCAGUUAAUAAUACGCAAUAUGUGGAAAGAAUUGGGAACAGUUCAACGGACAAGCAAGCUUCCACAGUGUGUCCUCCUGCAAUUGAGGCUAUACCUCAAAGGCAGCCUAUCACUUCGCUUGAACCACCUGCAGUCACCUUCCAUAGCAUUGGCUUGGUGAAGGAGGCUUUCUCUGAUCAGUUGGGUCAUAUUAUUACCUCCGGUAAAGAGGAGUUGGGAAAGCCACUCUACAUUGCAAACAGCGCCAAAAUGAUUAACGUGUCGCAUGAGAUUGAUAAUCUGGCCAAGACUCCGCGGCCCGAUUUCCUCAACGCGUCUCCGCAGGUGAAUAGAUCAUUCACCCCAUUCUACCCUGCGUUCGUAAGCCGGGUGCCUUUACGUUGUCCCCCUGGCUACCGCCCAAAGUUCUCAAAGGACGAUCCUGACACAAACAUCCCGUGGCAUAAGUCGUCCACGCACAUGGGACUCAAAAGAUGUUGGGUUGCAGGGUAUGAUUCUGACAAGUCAGGUGACCUUCGUUUUUGUAAAAUGAUGAUUCACACAAACAUGAAUUCACUAGAGGCUAUACUAGGAGCAGCCACGAAGGAGUUAGGGUGGAAGACCACAGCGAAGCGUUUGUUUUCUGAAUCCGGAACCGAGAUUAUGUGGGCUGAUGCCAUCCUUGACAAUUCCCGUCUGGUCGUAACAACGGGUUCAAACUUUCAUCCGGCUUUAUUAAACCAAAUGGAUUCCCAGGUUGAUGCGAGGCAAACUUCUGAUACAAAAAGUAAACCACACUUCUCCGAGAAUAAAUCAGAUGAGGUGUCUCAACAAUAUCAGUCUAUGUCCCCAAAGACUAAUGAAGAGCGGCGUUGCGCCUCCUUGAGCAGGAAAUCUAAUACACCGCGGAGUAAGACAUCGGGCGUAACUAUAGGCAACUCGUCGGUCUCAUCACCAUCUACCAAGGCCAGUCGUAUAGGGCCUAGAAAACAUAUUCAUAUUCGCGUCUAUGAGAAUGGUAACUACGAAUCUGAUGAGUACGAAAGAGCGUACCGCACGAUUACGAUUCGUCCAACCUACCGGACGCUUCAUUCCGUUAUGGCACUUAUAACCCGUGAGUUGGAGUGGAAGCGGGGUAUGAAAACUGAGAUACUUUUUGAUGCGUCAGGGGCAGAAAUUACAUCGAUGGAUCAACUUCGUGAUGGAGCCUCCGUGAUUGCCUCUGCCGGGGAUCGCUUUAUUGUACCCUAUCCAAACUCUUCGCUUCAUAAGGAAGCCAUCGAGUUUUCUCGGAAGACUAUUAAUAGAUAA